GUUGCGGGGAGUCAAACCAUUUUUUAAUUUUCUGGCUCCCAGCCCUAUACUUCUAUUUUAGUCUAGUCUAGUCUAGUAUAGUCUAGUGUUUGUUUCCAUGCUACAAUCCCUACACUGCUGAUUAAAUCCCACCCAAAGACCUUUGCUUUGAGCUGCAUCGAUCUGGGGCUGUUUGCUUUGCCUGAAGCAAAGGAACAAAGAUCACCAUUUUGUCCUUCCCUCGGUGCCGCCAUGACAUCCCUGCUGCUGCUGCUGUUGCUGCUGCUGAUCUUUGUGGUUCUUAUUCCAGGGCAACCAUUCCGGGAUCUGCAUGGCCGGCCAUUUAGGAGGAUGCAUGAAGAGACAGAACUCAGUGAGCACGAGCCCUGCCAUUUCCCUUUCCGCUUCCAACGUGAAAUGCACCAUUCUUGCAUCAUGAGUCAUUCCAUAUUUCAUAAGCACUGGUGUGCCACCACAGAGAACUACGACCGAGAUGGGAAAUGGAGGUACUGUGGGAAAGAGGAGAGGCCAAGAGGACACUGUGACCCUAACCCAUGCCAGAACGGUGGGGACUGUGAAGCUAGGCGAAUAGGAUUCCAUUGUAUCUGUGCAGCUGGCUUCCAUGGGAAACACUGUGAGAAAGAAGACUGCUUUGGAACUAAAGGACUGCUGCACAUUGGCAGGAAGGACACCUGGGUGCGGCACCGGCCUACUGGACCAGAGGAGUGCCAUUGCGCAAGGAAGAAGCUUGUCUGCAAGCCCAUGCAUGCAAAGGCAUGCGCAACAAACAAUUGUAUGAAUGGAGGCCGCUGUCUAGAAGUGAAGCACAGCUCGGUGUGCAGCUGCCCUGAAGGGUUUUCUGGGCCACUGUGCGAUAUAGAGCACACUCAGACCUGCUACAGAGAGAAUGGGCGGCUAUACCGAGGCAUGGCCCACUACACUGUCUCAGGGGCACCGUGCCUCCCCUGGGACUCCCCACUCCUGUUAAAUGAGUUCUCCAGCAGUAUGAACAACUCAUCCAUCUUUGGCCUGGGGCCACACGCCUUUUGCAGAAACCCAGACGGUGACAGCCGCCCAUGGUGUUAUGUGCUGCGCAAUAUGCAGCUCAGCUGGGAAUUCUGCAAUAUCACCAGCUGCCAUCCCCAAUAUACAGAUACCAUGGCACCAACGGCAGCAGUACCUCUGGCAUCUUUGGAAAGAGAGUCAAUGGCUCCGAAGAAGCCUGAGAGCGUCAGGCCAACAGCUGGACCAAGCCAAACUGUCCCCAUCCCAGCUCCAGUGUGUGGGCUGCGCUUUCCCAAGACCACCACCUCCUCACGCAGUCGUGUAGUGAGAGGCAUGGUGGCACUUCGUGGCUCCCACCCCUACAUGGCUGCCAUCUACAUAGGGGAUCAAUUCUGUGGAGGAAGCCUCAUUGCUUCCUGCUGGGUCCUGACAGCUGCACACUGCCUAGAGUUCAGGCCAGAUGUUUCCAAGAUUUCAGUGGUGCUGGGCCAGACCCAAUACAACAGAAGCACAGAUGGCUCCGUGAAGUUCCAAGUACAGAAUUAUCUACUGCAUGAGCAUUAUUCUGAGAUCACCAAACGCCAUGACAUUGCACUGGUGCGAUUGAAGGAGAAGAUGCCAGGACACUGUGCUGAGUUGUCACACUCCGUCUUGCCAGUGUGCCUACCAAAUUCAACAGAGACAUUUGACACCAGCAAGCCAUGCCAGAUCGCAGGAUGGGGACAUAUGUAUGAAGGAGCCGACAAACUCUCUGUGUACCUGCAGGAGGCAGAUAUGCCUAUCAUUCCUCAUGAGCAGUGUCGUUCCGAAGAGGUCCAUGGGACCCACAUUGCAGAAGACAUGUUGUGUGCUGGGUACAUGGAUGGAAGAGCUGAUGCUUGUCAGGGAGAUUCUGGUGGACCCCUGGUGUGUGAUGAGCAAGGCAAGGCCACACUAUAUGGCAUCAUCAGCUGGGGCACAGGCUGUGCACUGGAGAACAAGCCUGGGGUCUAUACCAGAGUCACUCACUAUCUUGACUGGAUCCAAAACCACAUGCGUUAGCAAGCCUGAGAUGGCAGUUUCACAAAACCAAAACCUAUGCAGCUGCCUUUUGCGGGGGUGGGGGGAUGGAUGGGGGUACAGUGUCUUUCUCUGCAGCUAUUGAUCUGCUCUGUGUAU